AUGGAAGACCCACCGCCCUUGGCCCGGCCCGUUGGCCGCCGUGGACUCACCGGUGCCCAGGCCGCGUCUCCGGUGCGAUUCGGCGAAGGCGGGCGGCCGGAGUCGGGCCCGGCGCCGGCGGCCGGCAGGAGCCCCAAGUCCCAGAGCUGCUCCGGCCUCGGCGGCGUCGCGGCGCUGCGGAAGAGCCACGAGUGCGCCGAGUGCGGCAAGAGCUUCGGCUGCGGCUCGCACCUGUCCAAGCACCGCCGCACGCACACCGGCGAGCGGCCCUUCCGCUGCGCCCGCUGCGGCAAGAGCUUCAACGUCUCCUCCAACCUCUACCGGCACCAGCGCGGCCACGGCGGCGCCCAGCCGGCGGCGCCGGAGAAGCUUCGCGGCUCGCCCUACACGUGCCGGGAGUGCGGGAAGAGUUUCCGGCGCGACCGAGAGCUGGCCGCGCACCGGCGGCUGCACGGCGGCGAUCUGCCCUUCCGCUGCGGCGACUGCGGCAAGAGCUUCUCCUGGAGCUCCCACUGGCUUCGGCACCGGCGCGUCCACACCGGCGAGAAGCCCUACGAGUGCCCCGAGUGCGGCAAGAGCUUCUCCAGGAGCUCGCACCUCUACCGGCACCAGCGCGGCCACGCCGGCGGCCGCUCCUACAUCUGCACCUACUGCGGGCGCGCCUUCGGCAGCAUCCUGCACUUCGAGCGGCACCAGCGCACGCACAGCGGCCUGCGGCCCUACAAGUGCUCGCUGUGCCGCAAGAGCUUCGCCGACGCGCCCGCCUUGGUGAAGCACCAACGCGCCCACCUGGGCGAGGGCCCCGUCCGCUGCCAGGAGUGCGGCCGGGCCUUCGGCGCCCGCUCGCAGUGCGCGCGGCACCGGCGCCGCGUCCACGGCGGCGCCGAGAAGCCGUACCGCUGCGGGGACUGCGGCAAGAGCUUCUCCUGGAGCUCCCACUGGGAGCGGCACCAGCGCAUCCACACCGGCGAGAAGCCCUACGAGUGCCCCGAGUGCGGCAAGAGCUUCGGCAGGACGUCCCACCUCUACCGGCACCAGCGGACGCACGCCGGCGGCCGGCCGCACGUCUGCGGCGAGUGCGGACGGAGCUUCAACUCCACGCUGCACUUCCAGAAGCACCAGCGGGUCCACGAGGAGUCCCAGAAAAGGGGGAAUUCCGUGGUGGGAUCCCAAAAAAGUGGGGAGUCCUUGGUGGAAUCCCAAAAAAGGGGAAACUCCUUGGUGGGAUCCCAAAAAAGUGAGGAAUCCUUGGUGGAAUCCCGAAAAAGGGGGAACUCCUUGGUGGGAUCCCAGAAAAGUGAGGAGUCCUUGGUGGAAUCCCAAAAAAGUGGGGAGUCCUUGGCGGGAUCCCAAAAAAGUGAGGAAUCCUUGGUGGCAUCCCAAAAAAGUGAGGAAUCCUUGUUGGGAUCCCAGAAAAGUGAGGAAUCCUUGGUGAAAUCCCAAAAAAGGGGGAAUUCCUUGGUGGAAUCCCAAAAAAGGGAGGAAUCCUUGGUGAAAUCCCAAAAAAGGGGGAACUCCUUGGUGGGAUCCCGAAAAAGGGGGAACUCCUUGGUGGGAUCCCAAAAAAGGGGGAAUUCCAUGGUGGGAUCCCAAAAAAGUGAGGAAUCCUUGGUGGGAUCCCGAAAAAGGGGGAAUUCCUUGGUGGGAUCCCAAAAAAGUGAGGAGUCCUUGGUGGGAUCCCAAAAAAGUGAGGAAUCUUUGGUGGAAUCCCAGAAAAGUGGGGAAUCCUUGGUGGGAUCCCAAAAAAGUGAGGAAUCCUUGGUGGGAUCCCAGAAAAGUGAGGAAUCCUUGGUGGAAUCCCAAAAAUCCUGCCCCGAAUGUGGAAGAACCUUCGGAGACCCGUCAGCGUUGGCCAAGCACCGACGGCUCCACGAUCCCGAAUUUGGAUUUGGGACUCUGGGGGAGAUGCAGGAGAACUACGAGAACGUCAUUUCCUUGGCCGAGGAGAUCGCCAUCAGCUGGCCGCGGAUCACCGCCUUCGCCGAAUCGCACCGGAGACGCGGCCUGGGCGCCGCGGCCGAAGCGGAGGGGGACGAGCCCCAGCCCUGCCCGGCGCCGCCGGAGCUCGCGGGCGACGGGGCGGCGGCGGAGCCGGAGCUGCGCCGGCAGCUGGGACGGAUCCUGCAGACGGCCGGGAGGAGCCGCGUGGAGAAAAUCCUGCGGGAAUUGGUGCGGGAGCAGGGCCAGGCCGGAAAACGCCGGAACCGCCGCAGACCGGCCAGAGAUGGGGGCGCCGGUAGCGGCUCCGAGGAGGAUCCCACCGCUGCGGCCGCCCGGGAGCCGCCGCCGCCGCCUCCGGCACCGACCGAUCCCGACGCUCCGUGUGCCGGGAAGAGCCGAACGGGCGCCGCCGGCGGCUCCGAGUGCGGCAAGAGCGCGGCCCAGCCCCGGCGCUGCUCCGACUGCGGCCGGCGCCGCCGACGCCCGCCAGAGCGCGGCGGCGCGGCGCCGGAGAAGCCGCACCGCUGCGGCGACUGCGGCAAGGGCUUCAGCCGCGGCUCCAACCUGGCGCAGCACCGGCGCAUCCACACCGGCGAGCGGCCGCACCGCUGCGGCGACUGCGGCAAGGGCUUCAUCCAGCGCUCCGACCUGGAGCGCGGGCGGAUAAAGAACGCGGCGGUGGCGCCGCCGAGGCCGGGAGGGGCCGGGGGGCGGCGGCAGCGGUUCGAAGGUGAAGUGCCGAGGUGGGGACGGUGCCGCCGCUCCGGGGACACCCUCGGCGUGUCCCCAGGCCCGGCCCGGGCACCGCGCGGUGGCCGCGACCGCCGCCACCACCACGGACAUCGCGAGGGACUCGCCGGGACUCGAACCCGCGGCCUCCGGGUUAUAAGGGCGGGCGGCGGCCACGCCCACGGCGCGGUGUGA